UACUUUUCGUAGGGCCGCAUACGACUCGUAACCCGAAGUGGUCUAGCCGUCUUCAGUUUGCCAGAAUAUAGAGAUUCGACGCCGAUUUAGUGUUUGGGAGAGCUACGAAUUUUAAAUUAUUAUAUUUUGUGAAAAUUUGAAGAAUUAAAUAAUCGAAAAUGCCGAAGCCGCCAGCACAACCUGAAGAGGAUCCCGAUCCAACCCCAUACUUGUUUGUAUCUCUUGAACAAAAGAGAAUCGAUCAAUCUAAACCUUAUGAUGCUAAAAAAGCAUGUUGGGUACCUGAUGAAAAAGAAGGUUAUCUUCUUGGUGAAAUUAAAGCUACAAAAGGUGAUCUAGUGACUGUCAUUUUACCAGGGGGUGAGACGAAGGACUUUAAAAAGGAUCAACUGCAGCAAGUCAAUCCACCAAAAUAUGAAAAAGCUGAGGAUAUGUCAAAUUUGACAUACCUUAACGACGCUUCGGUCUUACACAAUUUAAAGCAACGUUAUUAUCACAAACUUAUUUACACGUACUCUGGUCUUUUCUGUGUUGCCAUCAAUCCAUAUAAGAGAUAUCCAGUAUAUACUCAACGUUGUGCUAAAUUGUACCGUGGUAAAAGACGUAGCGAAGUGCCACCACACAUUUUCGCUAUCUCUGAUGGAGCGUAUGUAAAUAUGUUAACAAAUAGUGAAAAUCAAUCUAUGUUGAUUACCGGUGAAUCUGGAGCCGGAAAGACUGAAAACACGAAGAAAGUAAUUGCGUACUUUGCUACGGUAGGAGCCUCUACCAAAAAAUCUGAAGAUGCUGAUAAGAAGAAGGGUUCUCUUGAAGAUCAAGUCGUACAAACUAACCCCGUAUUAGAAGCCUUUGGUAAUGCUAAGACCGUCCGUAAUGAUAACUCUUCCCGUUUCGGUAAAUUCAUCCGUAUUCAUUUCGGACCAUCUGGAAAAUUGGCUGGAGCUGAUAUUGAAACUUAUCUAUUGGAGAAAGCUCGUGUCAUCUCUCAACAAGCUUUGGAACGUUCCUACCACAUUUUCUACCAAAUGAUGUCUGGAUCUGUCAAAGGAUUAAAAGAAAUGUGCUGUCUCUCGGACAACAUCACCGACUACUACUUCGUCUCUCAGGGAAAAACGACGAUUCCUGGUGUAGAUGAUGGCGAGGAAUGUCAACUUACUGACCAAGCCUUUGACGUUCUUGGAUUCACCCAAGAAGAAAAGAAUGACAUCUACAAAAUCACUGCUGCUGUCAUGCACAUGGGUGGAAUGAAAUUCAAACAAAGAGGUCGUGAAGAACAGGCUGAAGCUGAUGGUACUGAGGAAGGUGAACGUGUUGCUAAACUUCUUGGUGUUGACUGUCAAGAUCUUUACAAGAACUUGUUGAAACCCAGAAUCAAGGUCGGAAAUGAGUUCGUCACCCAAGGUCGUAACAAAGAUCAAGUAUCAUACUCAGUCGGUGCUAUGUCGAAAGCUAUGUUCGAUAGGUUAUUCAAAUGGCUUGUCAAAAAAUGUAAUGAAACUCUGGAUACCAAACAGAAACGACAACACUUCAUUGGUGUACUAGAUAUUGCUGGUUUUGAAAUUUUCGACUACAACGGCUUUGAGCAACUUUGUAUCAACUUCACCAACGAAAAACUGCAACAAUUCUUCAACCAUCACAUGUUCGUACUCGAACAAGAAGAAUACAAGAAAGAAGGAAUCGUGUGGCAGUUUAUUGAUUUUGGAAUGGAUUUGCUAGCCUGUAUCGAACUUAUUGAGAAGCCUAUGGGAAUCUUGUCAAUUCUUGAAGAAGAAUCUAUGUUCCCGAAAGCUACCGAUAAAACGUUCGAAGAAAAAUUGAACAAUAACCAUUUAGGUAAAAGUCCUAACUUCUUGAAGCCUAAACCACCAAAGCCUGGUCAACAAGCAGCUCACUUUGCAAUUGGUCACUACGCUGGUAAUGUCCCAUACAACAUUACUGGAUGGUUGGAAAAGAACAAGGAUCCAUUGAACGACACUGUGGUCGAUCAAUUCAAGAAGUCAUCGAACAAAUUGUUGAUUGAAAUUUUCGCUGAUCACCCUGGUCAAUCAGGCGAUGGUGGUAAAGAUGCUAAAGGAGGUCGAGGUAAAAAGGGAGGUGGUUUCUCAACUGUAUCAUCAUCCUACAAGGAACAGCUUAACAACCUCAUGACAACUUUGAGAGCAACUCAACCUCACUUCGUACGUUGUAUUAUUCCUAAUGAAAUGAAACAACCUGGUGUCAUUGAUUCUCAUCUUGUGAUGCAUCAAUUGACUUGUAACGGUGUACUGGAAGGUAUCCGUAUUUGCCGAAAAGGAUUCCCCAACAGAAUGAUGUACCCAGAUUUCAAACUUCGGUACAAGAUCCUAGCUCCUGCAGCUGUAGAUGCAACAGAUGGAGAUCCAAAGAAGGCUGCUGCAGCAAUCUUAGAAAAUUCAGGACUUGAUCCUGAUCAAUAUCGUCUUGGACAUACAAAGGUAUUCUUCCGAGCUGGAGUGUUGGGUCAGAUGGAAGAGUUACGUGAUGAACGUCUGAGCAAAAUUGUAUCAUGGAUGCAAGCCUACAUGCGGGGUUAUCUUGCACGUAAAGACUUCAAAAAAUUGCAAGAACAACGUUUGGCUCUCCAAGUCGUACAACGCAACUUGCGAAGAUACCUCAAGCUUCGUACCUGGCCAUGGUGGAAAUUGUGGCAGAAAAUCAAGCCUUUACUCAAUGCUACACGUAUUGAAGAUGAGUUGGCUGAAUUGCAAGAAAAAGCUCGUGCUGCCCAAGAAGCUUUCGAAAGAGAAGAGAAAGCACGUAAAGAGUUAGAAAUCCUCAAUGCAAAACUUCUCUCUGAAAAGACUGAACUUUUGCGUCAAGUGGAAGGAGAAAAAGGUUCUUUGGCUGAAUACCAAGAGAAAGCUAUCAAACUUGCAGCCCAAAAAAUGGAUUUGGAAUCUCAAUUAUUGGAUCUUCAAGAAAGGCUAACAGGAGAGGAAGAUGCCAGAAAUAAUUUAUUCCAAAAUAAAAAGAAAUUAGAACAAGAAGCAGCAGGUUUGAAGAAAGAUAUUGAAGAUUUAGAAUUGGCCAUCCAAAAAUCGGAACAAGAUAAAGCUACCAAGGAUCAUCAAAUUAGAAAUUUGAAUGAUGAGAUUGCUCACCAAGAUGAACUCAUCAACAAAUUGAACAAAGAAAAGAAAAACCAGAGCGAAGUUAACCAGAAGACCGCCGAAGAACUCCAAGCAGCUGAAGAUAAAAUCAACCACCUCAACAAAGUUAAGGUUAAGCUAGAACAGACCCUUGAUGAACUUGAAGACACUUUGGAACGCGAGAAGAAAUUACGAGCUGAUGUUGAGAAAGCUAAGAGGAAAACUGAAGGAGACUUGAAAUUGACACAAGAAGCUGUUGCAGAUUUAGAGCGUAACAAGAAAGAAUUAGAGCAAACUAUCCAACGUAAAGACAAAGAAUUGUCAUCACUUACAGCCAAACUUGAGGAUGAACAAUCUUUGGUUGGAAAACUCCAGAAACAAAUCAAGGAAUUGCAAGCCAGAAUUGAAGAACUUGAAGAAGAGGUUGAAGCUGAACGUCAAUCUCGUGCUAAAGCUGAGAAACAAAGAAGUGAUCUCGCCAGAGAACUCGAGGAAUUGGGUGAACGUCUUGAAGAAGCCGGUGGUGCAACAUCAGCACAAAUUGAACUCAACAAGAAGAGAGAAGCCGAACUUAGCAAACUUCGUCGUGAUCUUGAGGAAGCUAACAUUCAACACGAAUCUUCAUUAGCUAGUCUUAGGAAAAAACACAAUGAUGCUGUUGCUGAAAUGGGCGAACAGAUCGAUACUCUCAACAAAUUGAAAGCAAGGACUGAAAAAGAAAAAGUUCAGUAUUUUACCGAGUUAAAUGAUCUUCGUGCCACUGUCGAUCACUUGAGUAACGAAAAGGCUGCUCAAGAGAAAAUCGCCAAGCAGUUGCAACACCAACUCAAUGAAGCUCAGGGCAAAUUGGAAGAACUCAACCGCACCGUCAAUGACUUUGAUGCUGCCAAGAAGAAGUUAUCAAUUGAAAACAGUGAUUUGUUGAGACAGCUUGAAGAAGCUGAAUCACAAGUCAGCCAAUUGUCCAAGAUCAAAAUUUCACUCACGACCCAACUCGAAGAUACCAAGAGACUUGCUGAUGAAGAAAGCCGUGAACGUGCUACAUUACUCGGCAAAUUCCGCAAUCUUGAACACGAUCUUGACAAUAUUCGUGAACAGGUUGAAGAAGAAGCCGAGGGUAAGGCUGAUCUCCAACGGCAGUUGAGCAAAGCUAAUGCUGAAGCUCAAUUAUGGCGUACUAAGUACGAGUCUGAAGGAGUUGCACGAGCUGAAGAACUUGAGGAAGCUAAACGUAAAUUACAAUCAAGAUUAGCUGAAGCUGAGGAGACCAUUGAGUCACUCAACCAGAAGGUUAUUGCUCUUGAAAAGACUAAACAACGUCUUGCAACUGAAGUUGAAGAUCUACAAAUUGAAGUUGACCGUGCAACAGCAAUUGCCAAUGCUGCUGAGAAGAAACAGAAGGCAUUCGAUAAGAUCAUUGGAGAAUGGAAACUCAAGGUUGAUGACUUGGCUGCAGAACUUGAUGCAAGUCAGAAAGAAUGCCGUAAUUACAGCACUGAGCUCUUCCGUCUCAAGGGAGCUUAUGAAGAAAGCCAAGAACAACUUGAAGCAGUACGUCGUGAGAACAAGAAUCUUGCUGAUGAAGUGAAAGAUUUACUCGAUCAAAUUGGUGAAGGAGGCAGGAACAUUCAUGAAGUUGAGAAGGCCAGGAAACGAUUGGAGGCUGAGAAGGAUGAGUUACAAGCUGCAUUAGAAGAAGCUGAAGCUGCUCUUGAACAAGAAGAAAACAAGGUCUUACGUGCUCAAUUAGAGCUUAGCCAAGUAAGACAAGAAAUCGACCGUCGCAUCCAAGAGAAAGAAGAAGAAUUUGAAAACACGAGAAAGAACCACCAACGUGCUUUGGACUCCAUGCAAGCAUCUCUUGAGGCUGAAGCUAAGGGUAAAGCUGAAGCUUUACGUAUGAAGAAGAAGCUUGAAGCUGACAUCAACGAAUUGGAAAUUGCAUUGGACCAUGCCAACAAAGCCAAUGCUGAAGCUCAGAAGAAUAUCAAGAGAUAUCAACAACAACUCAAGGAUGUCCAAUCAGCUUUAGAAGAGGAGCAACGUGCACGUGAUGAAGCUCGUGAAUUACUUGGCAUCUCUGAACGUCGUGCUAACGCACUUCAAAAUGAACUAGAAGAAAGCCGUACCUUACUUGAACAAGCUGACCGCGGCCGCCGUCAAGCAGAGCAAGAAUUAGCAGAUGCUCAUGAACAACUCAAUGACCUUAGCGCUCAAAAUGCAUCUAUCUCAGCUGCCAAGAGGAAACUCGAGGCUGAACUUCAAACCCUUCAUUCGGAUUUGGAUGAACUUCUCAAUGAAGCCAAAAACUCAGAAGAGAAAGCCAAGAAAGCUAUGGUUGAUGCUGCCAGACUUGCUGAUGAACUCAGAGCUGAACAAGAUCACGCUCAAACACAAGAGAAAUUACGUAAAGCAUUGGAAGCUCAAAUCAAAGAACUUCAAGUACGACUUGAUGAAGCUGAAGCCAAUGCUCUCAAAGGAGGUAAAAAAGCUAUCCAGAAAUUGGAACAACGUGUUCGGGAACUUGAAAAUGAAUUGGAUGGUGAACAAAGAAGACAUGCUGAUGCUCAAAAGAAUCUACGUAAAUCUGAGCGCCGCAUCAAAGAACUUAGCUUCCAGGCUGAUGAAGACCGAAAGAACCACGAGCGUAUGCAAGAUCUUGUUGACAAACUUCAACAGAAGAUCAAGACAUACAAGAGACAGAUAGAAGAAGCUGAAGAAAUUGCUGCCUUGAAUCUUGCUAAGUUCCGAAAAGCUCAACAAGAAUUAGAAGAAGCGGAAGAGCGGGCUGAUUUGGCUGAACAAGCUAUCACGAAAUUCCGCACUAAAGGACGUGGAGGAAGUGCAGCUCGUGGCUUGAGUCCAGUGCCUCAAAAGGGUCGUAAACCUACAACUGCUUCGGAGUAAUCUGCCACAUUGGUUCAUCCAUUUCGACCAACAAUGAAACCCCAACUGGACGGUUCUGCAUUCCCACCAAGGUUUGAUCUUCAGCCUGACUCUGAUCUAUAAAUUGAAGAAAGAAAUUGAAUGAUUAUUUCAAUGUCAUCUUAAAUUAUUCAUAAACAUUAUUAAUAAUUGAAUUUGAUUUAUUAUAAAAUAAAGUACAACCAUAAAUUUGGCAGCUGAAUGUUCUUUUGAGAACUGUUUUAUGUAAUAUCAUCAUCCUAAUUUAUAAGAAAAAAAAACAAUAUGAAUGUGUAUUUAUUAAAAUAAAAUAAGUAAUACCCAUCUUUAAA